AUGAACCGGAUUAAGAACACAUUCGCUGUUGCCAAGAGGUUAAAACUAAGUAAAUUUAUGACCAACUCCGACUUACCAAGUACAUUCGAAGGAACUGUUGAUUUGGGAAUUAUUGGUGGUACAGGUUUAUACAAUCUAGCCUGUCUAGAGCCCAUUGCCUUACUACCACCCAUGGUAACACCAUGGGGUAUUACGUCGUCUCCCGUCACCAUCUCACAGUUUGUGGGCACGAACAGCCACUUCCACGUUGCGUUCAUCGCCAGACAUGGUAUCAACCACGAAUACCCACCUACUAAAGUACCAUUUAGAGCUAACAUGGCAGCCUUGAAGAACCUAAAUUGCAAAGCCGUUCUUUCAUUCAGUGCUGUGGGGUCGUUGCAGCCUCAUAUCAAGCCCAGAGAUUUCGUAUUACCACAGCAAAUAAUUGACAGAACCAAAGGGAUAAGACAUUCUUCGUACUUCAACGAUGAAGGCUUGGUAGGUCAUGUUGGUUUUGGACAGCCUUUUUCUCAAAAAUUCGCCGAGUACAUUUAUCAGUUCAAGGAUGCGAUAACGAACCCUGAAUCUGAGGAGCCGUGUCAUUUACAUUUCGACAAAGACAUGACCGUUGUGUGCAUGGAAGGCCCACAGUUCUCUACGCGUGCUGAAUCCAAGAUGUAUAGAAUGUUUGGUGGUCACGUUAUCAAUAUGAGUGUAAUUCCAGAAGCCAAAUUAGCACGUGAGUGUGAGCUGCCUUACCAAAUGAUUUGUAUGUCUACCGAUUAUGACGCAUGGAGAGACGAGGCAGAACCUGUUACCGUGGAAACCGUUAUUGGUAAUCUGACAAACAAUGGACGCAAUGCAAACCUCUUGGCCUCCAAGAUCAUCGUUUCAAUGGCUAAAGAAAUACCCGAGUUCAUGCAUUCUGGCGAUGGGCUGCACGGUUCCAUCAAGAAAUCUAUUUCUACCAAACCGGAGGCUAUGUCCACGGAAACCUUAGAGAAAUUGAGAUAUUUAUUUCCUGACUACUGGUAA